UCAGCAUGUCUUCUGCCAAUGGAUAGUGGUGCUUGUACAGACUCUCAAACUAAGUACUAUUAUAAUGAGGUCAAAGACCAAUGCGAGGUAUUUAGCUACAGUGGAUGCGGUGGAAACGCCAAUAAAUUCGACACGUUAGCAGAAUGUGAGGCCAUGUGU